AUGCCUCAUUACAAACUGACCUACUUCGACAUCCGGGGUCGGGGCGAGCCCGCCAGGCAGCUCUUCGCUCUCGCCCAUGUCGACUUUGAGGACCAAAAAAUCAAGAAGGAAAAUUGGGCUGUAUUGAAGCCGACAACUCCAUUCGGAACGCUGCCUAUCCUCGAAGUCGAUGGGAAAGAGCUCGGCCAAUCGAAGACCAUCUACCGCUACUUGGGCAAGCAGUUCGACUUCGCCGGCGCCGACGACUGGGAGUCUGCCCAAAUUGACCAGUGGGUCGAUCAGCUCCAAGAUUACGACACCGCCAUGCGGCCGUGGUCAGCAGUCUCCUGGGCGGACUUGAUGUUCGUGAACGCCUUGGAGAUCACGCUCACCUCAGCGCCGAACUUCUUGGACAAGUACCCGGAGAUCAUCGCCUACGUCAAGAAGAUCCAUGAAAUUCCCGAAAUCAAGGAAAGGAACGAGAAACAAGGAUUGAACUAU